AUGGCCAAGCCGUCGGAGCUGCUCCUUCGAUACGCAGAGUGCUCCGAUGAAGAAUCUAGCUACGACUCGGCCGUGGAAGACGAAUUCUACAAUGGCCAAGAUCCGUGGGACGAGAAUCCCUACAAGGGACGCGUCUUCCACAAGUUUGCAGAGCUGCCACCGGAGCUGCGAAUCAAAAUCUGGGGGCUCGGACUCGCUGGCCUGACCCAGCCUCAGCUGCUUGAAUUCAGCCUCAAGAGCGUUGUUCGAAAAGACCCCAGCGACCUGGUGCCAGACGAGAGGGGCAUGCCCAGUCCUCGUCGUUAUCGCGAUUGGACCAUCAAUGGCUCUCCCAGCCUUGCACGCGCCACCGAACUCAACCGCAGUGUUAUGGCCGCCAAUCGAGAGGCCCGAGACGUUGCCCUCAAAUUGCUUCCACACACUCUCAAGAUCAGAACACCAGCCGGCGACGGAACGGUGCAUUUCGACCGCAACCGAGACAUUGUCCAGCUGAGUGGAUACACCUACGAAGUCAUGCAUCCGUUUCCCAUCGAAGAAAGGUUCCAAGACUUCAUCUACCAUUUCGAUGGCUUUGCAGAGAACGUGGUGCAACUUGUAGUCCACUACAACGCCUUUUUCGACGAAGACGAAGACACCAGCGACUACUUCACCCUUGCCCUCCAACAAUUCCAAAACCUCAAGCGACUCUUCCUUCUCUCAGCGCCCGACAAGUUUAUCGGCAAAGACCUUUUAUGGUGCGGCUCGAACUACAUCUACGUGCACACCAGCAUGGUCACAGACGGUCGAAAUGAGCCAUUGUGGACAAACUGGUGCUGGCCCAAUGCGGACGAGUACGACGACUUUACAAGAAAACAAGUUUGCGAACCCGUCACACACCUUUUGCCAGCCACGGCUCUGCCACUACUAAGAACCCGUGGCAUCGAGCUGUUUCCGAUGGUCAUAUUUGAGGAUAGAUACGGCUUAGAUUUCUUAAAGAAGCUGAAAAGAAAGUGGGGACGCGCCUACGCGGAAGGCGUCGUGCCAUCUGAGUCAGAAUUAUCCUCCGACGACGAAGAAGAAGAAGAGGAAUCGGAACCCGACGAGUAUGAAAGCGAUGGAAUCGACGAUUCCCCGAUUGCAGAAAACGGUGGGGACGAUGAUUCUGGAGACGACAUAUAUGACGAGGAGUACGACUCUGCGAAUGAUGAUUACAGUGGCGCUGGCGAAGCGGAAAUUGUUCCAGUCUUUUCCUCACCCGAGCCCGAGCCAGAAGUAGCCGGCGGUGCGACAAACUCAAGGAAGCGACGCAUCGUAGUUGACUCGGAUGAUGAGGACGGCGACACAUCUGAGAGGUCGGGGAGAAAGCACGCUCGUACCGGCAGCUUCACCGAACCAGGUGGAGGUGCCGAGAAUGCUUCUAGCAGACUUAUGGGUGCUGCGAGGAGUCGGAAACGCGCAGCUGUAGUUGAUAGCGACGAUGACGAGGAAGAUGGAGGCGGUGCAUCCAACAGCAAGCCUGGCGAGCAUGAAACGAGCAAGAAAGAGGAAGAAAAAGAUGGGAGAGGAAAGAAGAGACGGCAAGCUGACAGGCGAGUGGAGGCGGACGACGAAGACGAUGAAGAUGAGGAGGAGGAGAUUAUGGAUGUGAGGCGGCUGAGUCUGGCCUCCAGGCUUCAAAAAGCGCGAGAAAGUCAUCCAUCUUCGGAUGAAGAGUCCAAUGGUGAAGAGGACAGUGACAAUAGCAAUGAUGACGAGGAUGAGGAGGACGAUGAUGAGGAUGAGGAAACCUAUGGUAAUGGUCUUAUUGACGGCUAUGCAGAUGAAUCGGAUGAUUCCGGGGGUUACUAGCACUGAUCGCUUUUAUGAGGAAAUGACUUUAACAAUUGGACGGCUUUGGAUUAUUGAUCUGGGACAUUCAGUAUGGGAACACAUGCACAGAUUUAGAUUUGAAUACCACGGGCUCAUGUAGCAGCCUGCUUUUUUACGGCCGAUACUCUACUAUCAAUCGCUGAUGUAGGUUCAUUUUAUACACUACACUUGUCCUGAG